AUGCAUAUUUUCACUGAUAUACUUUUUAAAUUAAAAAGAUUCCCAACUAAACCUCGUCGCAUACGGGUGACAAACUUAAUAUUCUGUUUAUGUCUCCUGACGGGGCUGUGGCUGUGCUGGGUCGCCGAGGACCCCUGCUACGUCCCUCGGCACCUGCGCAGGUAUCUGCAGUUUCCAGAAGACUACGAGAUUGCAGAGAAGAAGUUAAGCGAAGACAAUCUCAAGAAUUUAAUCCUCCAAGUGGAGCGAUUAAAUGCGCAGGCCGAUGUGGUGAACUGGAACGCGCGCGCGCCCACAGACGCCGUCGUCGUGGUGCUCGCGCACAGGGACGUCGAGCGCCUGCAGCACCUCAUCAUAUCUCUGGGACAGGUGCGCUUCAUCGAUCGGGUGCUACUCAUAUUCUCCCACCGCUACUUCGAUGAAGAAAUUAACACCCUCGUAAGAAGCAUUCACUUCUGCCGUGUUCUGCAAUAUUUUUAUCCCUACUCCUUGCAAUUGUAUCCGAAUACAUUCCCCGGCGUAGACCCUGACGACUGCAAUGCGUCGUUGACCGCGAGUCCCGCGACGCGAGAGCCCUGCUUCGUGCGUGACGCGCGCCGCAUCCAGCCCAAGCUGCACUGGUGGUGGACUGCCAACUAUGUGUUCGAAAGCGAGUGGAGAUCGGACAAAUGCUUGACCAUCUUUUUGGAGGAGGACAGCUACGUUUUGCCGGAUUUGCUGCACAUGUUGAAACUCUCGCACCGCGUGCUGCCUUACUUCCCGAGUGUGCAGGUGCUAGCUUUCGGCGGCCCGUACACACAGGCGCCCGAAUACGACCUCCUGACGAUAGAUGCGUGGUCGCCGCCGUACGAUAACGGGUUGGCGUUAAGCCUGAACACGUGGCGGAAGAUUUCUGCAAAGUCUUCAUUCUUCUGCUUCUUCGAGGAUUGCAGGUGGAGUCACUCGCUCGCAUCCGUGUUUGGUAACUUUUCAGGUGGAUUCGUAGACAUGGUGGCGAGCUCGGCUCCGCGCGUGCUCCGGACGCGCGCGUUCCCGAGCGCGGGGCGCGCGGCGCACGAGGCGUGGCGCGAGGCCCGGCGCGCGCGCCUGUUCCCCCGGCACGUGCGCGCCGCGCUCACGGUGCGCGCGCAGCCCCGCGGCCGCGAGGGGCGCGGCGAGGGCGGCUGCAGCGACUUGCGCGACCAGGUUCUUUGCCUCGACCCGCUGAUGACAACCACCACCGACGUCACAACUGACACUACCCUGUACCCUAUUUAUGAAAUUAAAAAUAUUUCUCGCUCCAGAUAA